GGAGGAAGAGGAAGCUGGGGGAGAAGGGAUGCUGAUGAGGAGCAACAGGUGUGGGCUGCAGCCUGCUGACAAUUUCACACGGAAGAUCUGAAGGAAACAAUCAGAAAACAAAGAUCUAGAGAAGAUCUGAUGAAAGACAGUGAAAGCAGCUGAAGCUGCAGCCUGACCUGCUAACCUCAGACUGACGACAAACAAAAACACCUGAAAAAAUGGCCACCAGCUGUGACGACCCGCACGUCCUGACAGAGCAGGAGGAGCUACGGGGCAGUGUCAAUCAGGUCACAGAUAAGUCCCUGGAGAGCACAAGACGGAUGGUUCAGCUGGUGGAGGAGAGCAAAGAUGUUGGCAUCAAAACUGUGGUGAUGUUAGAUGAACAAGGAGAACAGCUGGAGCGAAUAGAGGAAGGAAUGGAGUCCAUCAACAGGGACAUGAGGGAGGCAGAGAAGAACCUGACAGACAUGGCUCAGUGCUGCGGCCUGUGCAUAUGGCCGCUCAGGAAACUGAAAGCCUUUGAGGAGAGCGGAGCGUACAAGGCAGUUUGGGGCAGAGCCUCCCAGCAGGAUGGGGCUGUGUCCAAUCAGCCUCCGACGUCUCGGGUCGUUGACCAGCGAGAGCAAAUGAUGAUGAGUGGAGGAUACAUACGCAGGCUGACUGAUGAUGCCCGUGAGGAUGAGAUGGAGGAGAACCUGACUCAUGUGGGAAGCAUCCUGGGGAAUCUGAAAAGUAUGGCACUGGAUAUCGGCAACGAGCUGGAAUCGCAAAAUGAUCAGCUCAACCGCAUUGAUGAAAAGGCCAAAAGUAACGUUGGACGCAUCGACGCCGCCAACAAGAAAGCUAACAAUCUCAUGAAGUGAUAAGAGGACAGCAUCGGAUAAACUGAACUGCUCUGAGUCUUUCUUUAGUCUCCUUUAAGACUGUUCUUCAGUGGAGAACGUCUGAUGUCGUUCUUUAUCUCUUCUGUCAUAUUUAAUUAUUUAUUGGGACCAUAGUUUAGUUCUAUGAGCCAUAAGAUAACUCCAGUUGACUCUACCUUGGGAUUAUAGUCCUUGAAUUUGACUGCAGGGCCUUUAUCACUUCACAUUUCCUCCCAUAGGGCAUCUCCAGGUCACUCAGCAGGUCACAGCAAUGAUCUCUGCAGGGAAGUGAGCCCCUGCAGCAGCACUAUCACCACCUGUGCAGACAGCUCAACCAGACCAUAGAAACGUAUAAAUUCAAAAAGCUCAUCACGAGGCUUCAUCAUUUGGCUGUGUUUGAUGUAGAGUGCAUAUUUUUCCUUUUUGACUAGCACAGGUGCAGGAAUAAUUCCUGAUGUUUUCAGUAACCAGUUCAGUUCCCAGUUUGGGCAAUAUUAGUCAACCCUCCUCCACCACAGCUCUUUUUACAGUGUCAAAUGUUCCUGAGCGCUGGAAACACGUGCAUCAUGGCGCCCUCUUCAGAUCUAGGCGGGUAUUGCGUACAGGAGGUAAACACGCAUUUGUCUUCAGAGAAAGACCUCUGGGGACACCAAGCGGGCAAACAUGGAACUGCUCCUUCCCGGCCACUCCAUCUUCUUUUCUCCCCAUGCAACUUCUGAAAAUGGAGGUGGUACAAUGAAGCGGUAUGAUCCCAAAGACAAACCAAAUAAUAGGAUUCUGCUACAGAAAAAGUAAAAAAAAGGACGAAAAACAAACCAAUAUUAGGAUUAAUUUGAAUAAUAAAUGUUUGAUUUGUAUACUUGCACCAAUAAUAAUGGCCAACUUUUUUCCCAUGUAUAUGUAUAUAUUGGUUUUCAUUUCUUGUUUUUUGUGAUGAAUUGCGUAUAUGGGGGUGAAAGGAAAAUGAAAAAUAUGGUUUAUUACUUUUUUGUGAACCAGAAAAUCAAUAAGUCGUUAACAAAAAUAUGAAUAAUCUAUUUACGAUAGAAAAACUUCGACAUAGAGUUCCAUUUAAAAUUUGACUCCGGAAAGAAACUUUAACCUCUUCAAUGCUACCCAUAUCUUCUGAUAUUUGUUGUUGACAGUAACAGUGAUGUAUGUGUAAACAUUUAUCCAUCUUAUGUUGCUUUUCUUCAGAUUCCCCAAUAGUUUGACAAAAAAAGUUGUACAGUCAUCCAUACAUGACGUCAUUUAUAGAAAACCUUAUAGUCAGACUUAUUAUCUGACAAGGAAAGCUAACUGUGACGUACUGUAAGUAAAAUAAAAUCAAUGUUCCACUGCAACCAAA